UAACAGCUGUUAAAUGAGUUAUCAUUUCGUUUAGUGGGUGCUCUCCCUCGCUGGAAUCAGAGUGGAAGUGUUGUUGCCACGUGCUGCUUUCCGCAUCAUCCCAGUUUAUGUUUCUCAGUGUCACGAGGUGUGUUUGGGGUACUGCUGCUCUGUAUCUGCUCGUGUCGGUCUCCUGAACCGAGCCUGCUCCGUCAGAAAUGAAUGUUGGUCCUCCUUUCAUGCUGAGCGCAGGACACUGCUCAGGUUUCUGUACUGGAGGAUGAUUUUGGUGACCAGCAGUCUGCGGAAGACAAAGUCCAAGAAAACUCCCCAGCUCAACAAGGAGGACUGGAACCUUUCUUUGAUUUCAUCAUUGCCAUUGGACACACGAGGCUUAAUAAGGAAAACAAUAUGUUGAAAGACCUGCUGAAGGCAAAUGCUGAGAAAGCAGUGAAGCUGGAGGUGUAUAAUAUCAAAACAAUGAAAAUAAGAGAGGUGGAGGUGAUCCCCAGUAACAUGUGGGGAGGACAAGGCCUUCUUGGAGCCAGUGUGAGGUUCUGCAGCUUCCAGGGAGCCAAUGAACACGUGUGGCAUGUUUUGGACGUUGAACCUGCAUCUCCUGCAGCUCUGGCUGGUCUACAGCCCUACACUGACUACGUUGUUGGAUCUGAUCAGAUUCUCCAGGAGUCAGAGGAUUUCUUUUCCCUGAUUGAAUCCCAUGAGGGGAAGCCGCUGAAGCUGAUGGUUUAUAACACUGAAGCAGAUUCCAUUCGAGAGGUAGUUGUGACUCCCAAUGGAGCUUGGGGUGGAGAAGGAAGCUUAGGAUGUGGUAUUGGAUAUGGCUAUUUGCACAGAAUUCCAACACAAUCCAAAACAUCAAAGAAAAAGCCAGAAAGCAAACCACCUUCACCCUCACCAGAGGCUGGAACUUCUGUACCGUCCACUAAUGGUUACACAGAGACUCCAUUACUGGCACCUACCUCUCAGAGUGACAGCUCUGAAACAGUCAUGAACUUGGAUCAUUCCAGAGAUCAAGAAAUGAGUGGUUAUUCACCAGAAAGCUCACUUUCUCCUCCUCCCCCUCUCCAGAGAGUUAUGGAUCCAGGAUUUCUAGAUAUGUCUGGUAUUUCAUUUUCUGAGCUCACUAGCUUAACAGAAGUGUCCAGCAUGUCCCCAUCUGCCUCCUUCAACACGCCAGCAGCAGGUGCUUCCACAAGCCCUGAAAAAUUAAUGUCAAACGAUGAAGCCUCUACGUAUUUUGAACAUGCCACAGCUUUGGCCCCUGAAGAUAUAACCCUGUAUUCUGAAGGCUCAGACAAGCAGCCAGAGCUGGAUGACCUACUGCCUUCAAUUCCACCUUUACCUUCUUUUCCUCUUCCACAUGAAAUUUCUUCAAAAACAACUCUAGGAACUGAUCCUGAUAACCAAGAAUUAAAGCUGUUGGUGAACAGCACUGAGAGCUCAUUAACCACUGCUCCAGAGAAACCAGAGGAAGAAGCAGCAAGUGAACAGAAAGAAGAAGCAGCUGCACAAGAUCCUGAGUGAAAUGGACCCUGCUUGUGUUUACAGACUGUCAAAUGCUGCAGCUUGGAAUAUUUUUCUGAUCUUGAAAGAUUACAGUUACUCUAUUUUGUUAGUGUAGACAAUACUAGAAAUCACAUGAAGUACAUAUCUUGUUGUAUUUUCCAAUCACUGUUUAAUGGAUUGAUCUGUGUUCAAACUUUGAAUGCUGUCCAAAAAUCACCAAAUUAAUGGAGAAAUUAAUGCAGAAACAAGUUGGACACUGGCAGAAUGUCAAGUUCCAGAAUUCACAUUUGCCUACAAGUGCUCCUGAAUGUAUUUAUGAAGGCACUGUGCCUGAACAGUGACACUUAGUGAUGAUUUUAUCAGUAUGAUUGAUGGCAUUAAAAAAAAUAUUUAUAGUUUUG